AUGAUUUCGGGACAUUUGGACGAUGGCCAGGUGGAUGACGACCAAUUGCAUAAAGAGCGAGUUUAUGUGCUUCCAGGUGUGGUGAUCAUGUUCUGUGAGUACGGCAGGUUGCAACGUGCAGGCCACGCCCCCUCUUGCUAUAAACGAUCCAGGGACGAGCGCUCACUGUCAGUCUAUUCAACGACGACGAACACUCGAAAAAUGUCGACUCGGAACAACAGGUCAAGAAACAAGAAAGGAAAAGUGCGACGCUGGCUGGAUAGUCUACUCUGUGUGUCGUCGCCAGAGUCAUCGCCCGCUCCGUCUGCUCAUCGAGACUCGACCUCACAUCGACCACUCGCUUCGGAACCAGCCAGCAGCGGUCAGAACACCGAACCAAGUAGACAGAACAUCAUUCCAUCAACCAACGAGCCUCGCCUCACUGUGCCAUCCGACUCUCUCCCAGUGCCUUCCGCCCUUAACGCCGAACCUCAAAUCCCUCCACCGGUUUUGGCAAGGGCCCAUACUCGUGUUCCUGACUCUACUGCCAAAGUGGAUGGAGCCAAGGGCACCGAGUCCGGCUCGCCCUCAUCGACGCCAAACCCCGAGCUGGUCGACGAUCAAUCUCACGCAGUCGACGAGGCGGCCCCAGCUACUACCACGGCAGAACCAGCGGAAGCCACGAACAAAACAUGGGCUGGGCUACCUGGAUCGCUGAGGAAGCUGAUGAGCGUGGCUGGGUUGAUUCCCUCGGUUGGGGAUGCUGCCAGAGUGCUUCUGGACUGCGUGGACACGACCGAGGUGGCUGUCGACAACAAGCAAGACUACGAAGAUCUGGCGACAGAGCUCACCGCGCUAAGCAACACCCUGGCCCAGCAGAUCGAGGGCAUGGGAUCGGAAGCAGUGUCGAAGUGUGUGUCUGGCGUUGCUCACGGGAUCGAGAAGCAGGCGAAGGAGAUCAAGAAGAAGAAAGAAAGGGGAACAGCAAGGCGACUGUUGGAGGCAAGCUCGGACGAGGAAGAUGUGAUGCGACACUACCGGCGGAUACAGUCGCUGUUUCGGCAGCUGCAGGCGAACCUGAGCAUGAAUACCUGGAGUGUCGCAAACGAUCUGAUGGUGAAAACGCUACUGAAAGACCUAGGACCGGAAAUGCAGGCGGCAUACGACUCGGCACUCUCGGAAACCGUCGGCAGGCGCAUAUGCACCGAAGGCACGCGUACCAAAGUCCUAUCUGACCUAGUGGAAUGGGUACACGACAAGAACGCACCUGCGAUAUACUGGAUGAACGGCAUGGCAGGCACGGGCAAGACGACGAUCGCAUACUCAUUUGCCGAAUGGCUGGAGAAGCACGAGCUACUGGCGGGGAGCUUCUUCUGCACUCGGACGUCGGCUGCUUGCCGGGACGCGGCGAAGAUCGUACCGACGGUGGUAUACCAGCUGGCGCGGUACUCGGCGACAUUUCAAUCCGCCCUGUGCGACAUCCUGAAUGCGGCUUCCGACGCCGGUUCGAAGAGCAUAUCAAAGCAGUUCGAGGCGCUACUGAAAGAGGCGUUGCAGAAGACAGUGGAAAAAGGCAAAGGCGAUGCACUUGACAACCUGGUGGUAGUGAUCGAUGCGCUGGACGAAUGUGAAGACCAAAGGGGCGUAGAGACCAUAGUCGACAUGCUGUUCCGUUACGCGCCUCACCUAGGGCUCAAGUUCUUCGUUACCAGUCGACCGGAGCCUGGGAUAUACACUAAAAUGACGGCGAAUGUUGAUCUUCGGGGCGGGAUGGUGCUACAUGACAUCGAGAAGUCGCUGGUGAGCAAAGACAUCAAGCUGUACCUGGAGCAAGAGCUGGCACGCAUCCCCGUUGAUGUUUCCGACAUGGACCUGGAGGGGCUUGUGGAUCGGUCGGGAGCGCUGUUCAUCUACGCAGCCACACUCGUCCGGUAUAUUCGCACCGUGAAGGUCGACCCGUACGAUCGCCUACAAGCAAUACUUCACUCGACUCCGGGGGCCGAUCGGGAGCACCCACAAAUCGAUGAGCUAUAUACGGCAAUACUAAAGUCGGCAUUGGAAGACAAGGACCUGGGCGAGCCGGAUAAGGAAAGGAUCCGAGCGGUGCUACGUACGGUGCUCAUGGCCCAGGAGCCGAUCGGUGUGGAGACCAUAGCGCUGCUAGCCGGGAUCGACGGUUCGAGGCGUGUGGAGUACGCGCUCUUGCCGCUCCGGUCGGUGCUGCAUCAGUCCGAGUCGACUGGCCUCGUGUCCACGCUGCACGCAUCGUUCCCAGACUUCAUGUUCAGUCCUACACGAUCGGGGUCAUACUUCUGCGACAUGGACAAACAUAGCCCCAGAAUGGCCCGUCGAUGCUUCGCAGUGAUGAAGGACCAGCUGCGGUUCAACAUAUGCGACCUGCCUUCGUCGUUCAUACCCGAUGACAACGUCGACAACUUACAAGACCGGAUCAAACACCGGGUCUCGCCGUCACUGGCAUAUGUGUGUCGGUACUGGGCCAGUCAUGUCAGCGUUGCACCUGCGAACGACGACCUGCUGGAGGACCUGAGUGUGUUUCUAUCGGAGCGGCUACUGUUCUGGAUGGAGGUCAUGAGCCUGCGGCGUGAGCUGCUAGCAGGGAUCGAAGGGUUUCUGGCACUGAAACAGUGGCUGAGGCGACCUGAUGCAGUAGUACAUAAGAAAACAAAGAGUCAAGCAUCCAAGGUGGCGACAUUGAUCGAGGACGCAAUCAACUUCUACACCAGCUAUGCCUCUAGCGGGGCGUGUCGUUGCACACCACACAUCUACAUCUCAUGCCUUCCGUUCUGUCCUCGAUCAAGCACGGUGUACAAGCAGUACUGGCCUCGGAUGCAAGGGCUGGUGGAGCUGAAGGGCAGUCUGAUGGACCGCAGAGAGACAGCCGCACUGGCCACCUGGAACAUUCCCUCGCCAGUAUUGUCGGUGGCGUACUCAGGGGAUGGCAGUCGAGUUGCAGUCGGAUGCGAAGACGGAACAGUGAGCAUACGGAACGCAUACGAUGGCACGCUGCUUGUUGGGCCCUGGAAUGCUCACACUGACUAUGUUCGUUCGAUUGUGUUCUCGCCUGAUGGCAGACUUGUUGCCUCGGGGUCAACUGAUUGCACCAUCGGAGUGUGGGACGUGCGCACCGGCAGUCCUGUUGUCGGCCCAUUCCACGGUCACACCGGCGAUGUCAACUCGGUUUCGUUCUCACCCGACAGCAAGCGCAUAGUCUCUGGCUCCUUCGACAACACCGUUUGUAUAUGGGACACAGCCGAUGGCACACUGCUUGUGGGUCCGUUGCACGGUCAUACCGCCUCAGUCCGCUCCGUGACGUUCUCGCCCGACGGCACACUCAUUGCCUCUGCCUCCAAGGACGAGACUAUCCGACUGUGGCGCUCGGACGACGGCACUCCUGCUGCUUCCCCACUUCAAGGUCACACCCACUCUGUCAACUCUGUUACGUUCACGCCCGAUGGGACUCGACUUGUCAGCGGGUCAUCCGACAAGACCGUUCGUGUGUGGAGGGUGUCGGAUGGGUCGGCUGUUGCCACUCCAUUUCAGGGUCAUUCAGAUGCUAUCUACUCGGUGGCAGUGUCGCCUGAUGGCAUGCUUGUUGCAUCUGGCUCCAGGGAUCGUACUGUGCGAGUGUGGAGGAUCAGCGAUGGGCUACUUGCUGCCGGUCCAUUUGUUGGCCAUAUUAAUCGGAUUUUAUCAGUUGGGUACUCGCCGGAUGGGACGCGAGUCAUCUCUGGCUCUAUUGAUGGGACCGUUCGUGUUUGGAAUGUGCGCGAAGGCAUGAUGUCCCCCGCCUCUUCAGAAGUUGAUCUAUCAUUUAUUACAUCCCUCUCUUUCUUGCCUGAUGGCGCCCAUGUGUUGACAGUGUCGCGUGGGGGCGAGAUGCGCAUGUGGGAUGUCUCGAAUGGCAUAUCCCAGCCAGCGCCACCCGACAUCCAGGUUCCUCAUCCUCCAUCUCAUGCAGCAUCUCCCGAUAGGUCAUACACUGCUGAAACCGAUACGUAUGGACGGCUAGUACAGGUUGUGCGCACGGACGACAAGUCUGUGGCUGCUGGGCCGUUUGAUCGCACCCCUGAAGCAUGGCAUUUCUCUCACAACAGUACCUGCGUCAUCGCGGGCUUUUGGGAUGGCAGGAUUGAGGGGAUAUGUCUGGAGACUGGGCAGACUGCAUUCCAGUUGCGCUCCGCUAACAAUCACCAUGUUAGCCUGAUUGCAGAGUGCCCGGAUCAUUCACUUCUUGCCUCUUUUGACAGCGGCUCAUUCAAUACUUCCCCCACUAUACAAAUCUGGAGCAUGGCUGGACCUACACUCUGUUUUCAAUCCUCAGACAAUCCCUCUCUCGAUCCGGGGCCAGGUCAGACACUCUCUGGACUUUACGACCAAUGCCAUAUCGAUAGGGAUGGGUGGAUGGUCAACAAAAGCAACGAGCUGCUGCUCUGGCUUCCGUCGGAGAUAGCUGAUGCAGGACUGUCCCCGUUCGUGUGGGUGAUCGUAACAGGGUCGGGGACACUGCAAUUACCGAAGCGGAUGCUGGUAACCGGGGAUCAGUGGUACCAAUGCUAUGUACAGCAUUGA